GAUUCAAAACACCCAUGAGGAACAAAACUAUAAAUAAAUCAAAUUAUGGAAUGAUCACCCCCAAGGUUGCUAAAAAUCAAACUUUAAUGCUUAUGAGAAGGCCUGUCCAAGGGGAAAUGGCUAUGUCCUUGGCCGGAAGUCCACUCCUGGUGUCCAAUGUUGUUGGCGAAGAAUUGGCCAAUGUUAAUAUACCAAUGCCCGAUGGAACACAUCUCGCCUUGUUCCCCACACAGUUAGGAAAAAUUGAUCCUGAAGAUUUGCCGAAAUUUGAUGCUGAUACUAAAAAACAAUUACAAAUGCUUGCGGAAAACUUAACUAAAAUUUGCAAGAUGUGUAAAUAAAUCUAAAUUUUUUUAGUGAAUUGUAGUAGAGUAAUAGUUAAACCACUGAUAAUGUUCAAUUAUUUAAUUAGACUUAGCAUUUUAUAAUUACAUUUUACGAUAUAUGUUGUACUUAUUGUCUAUAUUUGUUAACUGUUGAUACGAUGACGAACUCCCCACAUGAAAUUGGCAUUUUGAUUUGUUUUGAUAUAAGUCCUGACGGGCCCCACAACGUGGUGAUGAGGAAUAUCAUGUCUCUUUACUGCAUUCCGAGAUAAUUCUGAUAAUGAUAAAAGUUUUAUAGAAUAAA